AUGCUUACCACGUGUAGCCAACCGGCUUUUACCAAUCUCAACGUCCAUGAGAAAGGAGAACAAACAUAUGACCUUACUUCUUCUCGAUUCUUCGGUUCUUCCUGUUGUUUUUAAUUUGAACACAGACUGUCUCUCUCUCUGUCUGUCUCUCUCUCACACACACCCACGUAAAAAUACAGUGUUCUCACUUCUCACAUUCACUAGGAUAAAUUGGAACAGCUUUUUUUAACAAAUGCGACUCUGACUUGUAACGCACUGUUUGUUUAACGCACCAGUGUCCAUGGUUGAUGCUUCUUCAUCGCCUUACGUUCUAUCAAAUCAAACCCUGCGGUCUAAGAAGAACGAGACAGCCGGCUAUCGAUGUCCAGAACCAGAAGAGUGGCCCUCGUUCUUGCAUGACCAUCGUCUUUUCUGGCUUCCUCAUCGUCGCUAACCCUAACUUCUUUCUUUCGUCGUCAGUUUUCGAAAAUGCACUCUCGAUUCCACUGUAACUCCAUUUCUGAUUUCUCCGACAAUCAACGCGAACAAGACACCAACGACUCUCAGCAUCGCGUCGCUUCUUCCGCUUCUUCUUCGUCCUUGUCGUCUGCUCGGUACUCGGAAAUUUGGAAUUGCUUAUGGACUCCUCUUUUGAUUUCUUUGUCCAAGGAGAUGAAUUCCGCGAAAGCUCAGUCGAUUCUACUGCCCGGCGAGGUUGGUCUUGGGUGUCCGCGGUUGUCGAGCUCCCCGACUUCUGAUGCCGCGCUUUAUUUUCGGCCGGUGAUUGGGAUUUUGAGUCAUCCCGGUGAUGGUGCUUCCGGGAGGCUUAACAACGCUACCAAUGCCUCGUAUAUUGCUGCCUCUUAUGUGAAAUUCGUGGAAUCUGCUGGUGCUCGCGUUAUUCCUCUCAUCUAUAAUGAGCCAGCGGAGAUUCUCGCUGAAAAGCUCAGUCUGGUCAAUGGAGUGCUCUUUACUGGAGGGAAGACUAAAAGGGGUUUAUACUAUGAGAUCGUGGAGAGAAUUUUUAAGCAUGUUUUGGAGAAAAAUGAUUCUGGAGACCAUUUUCCUUUGUUUGCUAUUUGCUUGGGAUUUGAACUUCUUAGCAUGAUCAUCAGCAAGGAUGAUGGCAUUCUUGAACGAUUUAAUGCAUUAGAUCAGGCAUCUACUCUUCAAUUCACAGAAAAAUCAAAUAUUGGAGGCACUGUUUUUCAAAGAUUUCCACCAGAAUUGUUAAAAAAGUUGACAACAGAUUGCCUUGUCAUGCAACACCAUCAGUAUGGUGUGUCACCAGAAAGGUUCCAAGAGAAUCCUUUACUAUCCAGUUUUUUCAGGAUUUUGACAACAAGCAAAGAUGAAGAUGGGAAGGUCUAUGUCUCAACUGUUCAAGCAUACAACUACCCAGUGUCUGCAUUUCAGUGGCAUCCAGAGAAAAAUGCAUUUGAAUGGGGUUUAUCAAUGAUUCCACACACUGAAGAUGCAGUUCAAGUCACCCAGCUUGUUGCCAACUCUUUUAUCAGUGAGGCUAGAAAGUCCUCAAACAGGCCUCCUGCUCGCAAAGUGCUGGACAAUCUGAUUUAUAAUUACAGUCCCACUUAUUGUGGGAAGGCUGGGCGGGGAUACGACGAGGUUUACAUUUUCUCUUGAUCUUCAAGCCUAAAUUCUGUUGUCCAAUUAUAUAUCUUGUUAAAUGCAUGUAACUAGUAUCCAGGAAUGGCAUUUGCUAUUUGAAUGUAAAAUCCAUUAUGAAAUGUUAACAAAAUUGCACCGGUCA